UACUGAUACACAACACUUGCUGAUGCUGAUUUGCUUAGAUUGGAAUCUUGGAAAAUGUCGGCGUCAAGCACAAAGUAACCUAAAAUCAACACGAUUUAAUUGUAAAUUAUUAUAGCUUGUUACGCAGAACAUGCUCAAUUAUUAAGAGUUUAAUCUGUUUAUUAUCUUUUAUUACAAUACUUUACAAGUGACUGAAAUAUUUUUGACAUGUUCAAAAGUAAACUGACAGCUCUAGAAUAUCAUACUAUUGAUGGAUUCAAUGCUGAAGAUGACAAGCAGUUCAGAGCAUUGGUCAUUUGGCUAGAAGAACAAAAAAUUCGCCACCACAAAGUUGAAGAUCGUGAUCCUCUAAGAGACUUGGAAAGUGAUAAUUGGCCUAUCGUCUUCAACAACUACUGUGCAGAUCUAAGCUGUCCAAUUACCAGUGGUAAAAAGUCCGAACGUUUAGAAUGGCUUUUGAGUCAUGCCGUGCGUCUCGAAUACAACGACAACAUUGACAAAUUUUCCACUCAAACGUCAACAGAAGUAUUGAAGAACCGGCAAAAUACGCCUAAAGUUGUAUCGUCGAAUCCACUCGAUAAUCUUGAUUUUGAAAGUGAAGACUUCAAGAAAGGAGUGAAUUCGCUGGCGAAAUUGUUGCAAAUAACGCCGCACCCCAACCACCUGAUCACACUGCGAGCAAUCAGCAAACUCAUCAAUCAGAGGCUCACCGCAGAAGCCAUACAGAACGUCGACUCUGUUGUACCUAAGGGAAAGGCAUACCCAUUCGACACAGUGGACGACGGCUUUGAAAAGGGCAACAAAGCUGUCAAUUCGGCAUCGAAAAUGCUUCGUCUGCUCUAUUUGCACGACCUGAGAUCUCUGCAGACCAAAAUCAAUGAAAGCAUUGUGGCCGUGCAAAACCUGACCGCUAACCCAAAAACAGACACGUCUCUGGGAAAAGUUGGUCGCUAAAUCACAAAAAAAACUGGAAAUAAUUUUCUACAACUUCGGCUGUAGAAGAUUUUCUUGGCAACUGAUAUGAAGAAAGAUAUUACAAGACUGUCAUUAAUUUCAUCAACAAAACUAUCAAAUAGUGGCGUGAAUGAUUUGUUGAAGUUUAGAAGAACUGUGGAAGGUAACUUGAAACACAAUGUAUAAUAACUUAUUUAUUUGAUUGCAUGCUCUGAAUACAUGUUGUGUAGUUGAAUAUAUUUCGUUAUUGAACUUAAA